AUGAGCACCCUUGAUGGUGUGCCCUUCAGGCUGCCCAAGGACUUUGUGAUGGGCACAGAGACUCUCCCAGAGCCAGAGCUCAGUGUCCCAGCCUGCAGAGAGCUUCUGCUGGGUUCUAUGCACGACUUCAGCCUGGAGCGGGGCGCGCUCUUCUGGGCCGAGGCCGCCGUCCGGGAUCCCUGCCCACGCCACGCCGGCGAGCCGGGGACGGCAUCAGCCCCUCCGGCCUGGCUCCUACUGGUCGGUCCCGAGCACGGACCGGCGCCUGUGGCCCCCGGAGACCUGAAGGCCGGGCCCCGCGGGAGGCCGGAGGACCAGGACGCGGAUGACACGGGCGACGCAGCGCCGGACCGCCGGGAAGAGCCGGGCCCCGGUGGCUUCCCGGGCAGGGCCGGGGCGCCCAGCCGCCGACCUGACCACAGGGGUGCUGAGCGGACGAAUGCGGAAUUAGCGGAUCAAGGCCGAGUUAGGGACCCUGGCUCGCAUCCAGGCCUUCCGCUGGGGAGCUGCCGGAGGCCAGGCCCCCGGAAGUUCAGUCCAGGAAUAGUCCCUGCACAGCCACUUCCUGCCAGACGCUGGGUUGGGCGAGAGGAGACCAAAACCACAGGACAAAGACGGCUGGCCGAGGGGCGUGGGGCAGCGUGGGUCCUGGCGUUGAGAGAGAAGGUCCACUGCAGGCUUGGAGGGCCCCUGGGUGGAGCAGCCGCGAAGGGAGGGCGUUCACAAGGAGACUCAGGCGCUUCAGUCGAAGACCCUUGGCCGCAUGUGUCGGUCUUUAAGGGGGGGGGCCUUCCAGGUGCUCCUGUGAUAACUGACAUGUCCAGCCUGUCUGUAUUUCAGUCCCUCAGCCCGUACACCUGCUUGCCACCUCUUCAGGGGUCACUCCAACCUCUCAACCUACACAAAUCACACUCUGAUGCUGCGGUUGACCUGCUGUCUGCUCUGAGCCAGGAGGAGCAAGACCUCAUUGGGCCAGUGGUCGCCCUGGGAUAUCCCCUACGAAGGGCCAUCAUAGCUCUGCAGAAGACAGGAAGGCAGAGCCUGAGUCAGUUUCUCGGCUACCUGAGUGCCUGUGACCGGUUGCUGCAUCAGGGCUACGAAGAGGGCCUGGUGGAGGAGGCCAUGGAGAUGUUCCAGUUCUCUGAGAGCCAGGCAGGGGAGUUCCUGCGCCUUUGGGAGCAGUUCAGCGACAUGGGCUUCCAGCAGGACCGCAUCAAGGAGGUGCUGCUGGUCCAUGGCAACUGCCGGGAGCAGGCCCUGGAGGAGCUGGUGGCCUGUGCCCCAUGACCACCAGGCUCCUCAGCGUCCAGCCCGCCAGCAUAGCCUGUAACCCAUCCCACUGCACGGUGAACCUGAGUAAAAAGCGGUGCUCGCUCAUUGCAAGACACGACCAGUGCAGGGGUGGGAGGAAAUCCCAAGAGGAUUCGUGAAUGUGCUGGAAGGGUAGCCAGGAUGGCAGAUGGAUGAGCGGGCAAGGAGCUGCAUUUCACACACUGCAUUUGACUCUUUAAGUUGUGUGUAUAAGUAACUCUGAUGUAAAAAAAAUUAAAUACAUGAUGGGCAGUUCCUUGA